UAGGCAGCUUACAUAAGUUCAUUGAAAAGUUUCUCACGCAUUUACGCCCUCUGACCACUAUGCUAGCAGUUCAUUGAGGAACCGAGAGUGGAGUAUGCGGAAUAUGAGAGCCGUCGCAGCGAUUACGACGCGUCACGAAGAAUGCUGAGCUUCCGUGAGCGUAUCUCGCGUCGCGGCGACUUUUAACGGACGUUAUAGUUCUCCGUGUUCUCUCACGCAGCACGUCGGUGGUUUCCUCGCCGUGACGUUUACCGCAAUGGCACUACAGGAGGACGAAAACACCUGGGUAUUGGAGUUAGAAGCAGCGCUUCUGGAUACAGAGGCACCAUCUGCAUCUGAUAUAUAUGCUAUUUGUAAAGGUCAACCAGUUCCUGCGAACUUGAGGCCAGAUGUCUGGCAAGCUUGCCUCUUUGUGGCUGAAAGAGGUGAUCAAUUGAGUCAUUUCAAUGAAGUCUUUGACUUACCUGAACAAAAUAUAAUUCGUGAAGACUGUCAACAAUUCGUCGCGAAGCUUGGGAAUGAUGAUGAAGACAAGGUCUCUGUAGUUUCUGAUCUUGAAUCUAUAUUAACAUUUUACUGUAAAAGUAAAUGCAAACAAUACGAAAAGGGAAACGGAUGGUUGGAAGUGCUGGGUCCUUUAAUAGCAUUAAAGUUACCACGUGCUGCAACUUACAAUCUUUUCGAGGCAAUAAUAGAUAUUUAUAUUCCAAGAGGCGAAACAUAUAGCUCAGUUUUGCGAUUGUUGUUGCUUUACCACGAGCCGGAACUAUGUUCUUUCUUAGACACGAAGAGGAUAUCGCCUGAUCAAUACACGAAAAUAUGGAUGAAUACACUUUUCGCCGGUGUCUGUUCGCUGCCGGCGAUUUGUACGAUGUGGGAUCUAUACUUCAUGCAAGCCGAUCCAUUUUUCAUGCUGUUUCUCUCGCUCAUCAUGGUGAUAAAUGCCAGAGAGCAAAUUUUGAGCAUGAAGGAUGAAGAUAAGCAAAGCAUUAUAGACGCUAUCGCGAUAAUGCCUUGUGCUCUGGAAGCAGAUGACGUAACCGACUUUUGUUCAUUGGCACAGUAUUACGCGAUGAAAACACCAACGUCAUUUAAACAAGACUUGUACCCCGCGAUGUUCGGCGAUGGUUCGGACGAGAAGUUAAUCUCCCACGCGUUGUGUCUACCUGUAUCGGCGCAAGAAUUAGUAGAGAACGCCAUUGAAGCUCCAUCCGUACUUAACAGCGCCGUUGAAUCCGUUAGAUUCUUUCUCGUAGACUGCAGACCUGCCGAGCAAUAUAACGCGGGUCACCUACCGACCGCUUUUCAUCUCGAUUGCAACUUGAUGCUUCAGGAACCCGCUGCAUUCGCCACAGCAGUGCAAGGCUUACUGCAAGCUCAGCGUCAAGCGCUUGCAGUUGGUUCGCAAGCUGGCGGGGAACACCUUUGCUUCUUGGGAAGUGGUAGACAAGAGGAAGAUCGUUAUACUCACAUGGUAGUGGCAUCCUUCUUGCAGAAACACACGCAGUACGUAAGCAUGGUCACUUCUGGAUAUCAAGCCAUUCAUGAAUAUUUUGGUGAUGAAGUAGUAUCAAAUCUGGUUGAUCACAAUUCGCAACAUUGUCUGGUGUGCAACGCUAAUAUAUCGGAAGAAAAUUCGAAUGAGGCGAGUCCAGUUAAAGUUAAAAACAACAAUUCAGAUCUUCUUGGAAAGAUUGGAUUGGCAAUGAAAUUAAAGAGUCAGGAAGUAAAGGGAAAGCUGUUCGAUUAUAUCGUUAAUCCUUCAGCUAGUGUGAAUAGCAAUAUGGAUAAGAAAGACGGCAAAGAUUUGGACUAUAUUAAACGUCAGAGGAAAACCGCGCCUGUGUUUAGUAUAGAUGAUGAUCAAGAAUUAGAUAUGACAAUGACUAAUAACGAAAGCGAAGAGCCUAUCGAAGUGGUAUCUAUACAGCAAUGGAUGAAAGACCCUAAGCUAUUACAUUCCUUCAAAUGCCAAGAAGUAAAAGUUAAUGGUGAUCUCUGUGAUAGUCAACUACUGGUUACCGAUAGUCAUCUUAUAGUAUUGAGAGAAAUCCAAGAGCGAAAGGGUGCCGCUCAUGUGAUCGUGAAACGUCCUUUAACGAGUAUCGUUAAGAUAACAUCAAGAAAACGACACGCGGAUCUGAUAACUUUCAAGUAUGGUACAACACAAUACAAUGACACAGUUAUUUCCGACAUGGACAAGUUUCUUAUACCCAAUGCGAGCGAAGCUACCAAAUUGAUCACGCAACAGAUUAUGAAACAAUUAAAAAAUUCAGAUUAAUAAAAUAUAUCACAGAUACGUAUUUUGUAGAAUAAUUUCAAGUUACUGUACAGUUGUGAGAAAAGUUCAAUUCGUGGAAAUUUUCUUAAAAGAAGAAAGUUAAUUUUCGAUAUAUGUAAAAUAUUUGAAAUUUUUUUACGGCUCUUAUUUAUUCACAUACUUGUUUAUUCUCCGUUGUAGUAAAACUACCAGAAUUGAAACAGCAUUAAAUACAUUCAUUAGACUAUAUUAAUGGAGUAUUGAAAAAAUGAUAGACAAAUUGGUAUUUGAUGAAAAAAUUAUUUCUGAUAUCGGCUAUUAAUAUUUUUUAUGUAUGAAAAUCACAGUUGAACCAUAUUAUCAAACAAACAGACAAAUUUAAUUUCGUUUAUAACACGUGUUUUGGGUUCAAUCAAAUCUUAAUGAUUUUACAUGUAUCAUGUAUCAUAUAUUUACAAUCUUUUCAAACGUCACAGCGAAUGCGUAACUUAAAGGUUAAUACGUUCUGUAAAUCACAUUUAUGCCAUGCGAUCUAAUGUAAUUUCUGGACAUGCGUAGAUUUCUAACAAGAAUAUGUAAAGGCCUUUGAUUUUCUGUUGCGUGACGAAUUUCCGUAUCGUUUCUGCAACGGUAACGUUAGUUGAAACUUCACAUUUGAUUAGACUGAAAUCUUGUAGAGAUGCAAGAGAAGUUAAAAACUGACUAUUGAUACUAAUACAUAUGUGCCUGAUCAAUGCACAUUAGUUGUUUAUUUUGGUUGUGUUCACACGUAGCAUAAAUAAGUAUCAAAGCAAAAAUAAUUGUCGGUAACUGUGGCCCUAAUGCGUUUCUAAUAUAUUUACUACGUGUUCUUAUAAUAACACUUGCAUUUUGUAGGUCACUGUAUUGUAAAAUGUUUUAAUAGAUACAAAUCACGUAAGUGGGCAUAUUGUUCUUCAUUCGUUGCAAAAUAUAACGAUUAUAUUUAUUAAUUAAAUUUACAGCGGAAAUAUUAUAAUUUCGUUUCUUUGAAGUUCCACAAAAUUGAAAUAUACAGGCUGUAAAACAAAUAUCCAAGUUUUGAUAGCAUAUUCUACUUACUUUAAACAUAAAAACGAUGAUCAUAUCAGCUUUUUUCAUCCAACCAUAUGGAAUGCGUUUUAAAAAUUAGGCAACAUAUUUCACAAACACUUUCUGUAUUAUUCUAAAUCUAUGCUGUAUGUAUGUAAUAAGUUGUAGGAAUUAAUAACUACAUUGCCUCGUCAUAAUCUGUGACAAUACAAAUUUCAGAAACACAUGUUCUAUUGAUAAGUGUAAAUGGAGUUUCUUACAAGUGUUUAAAUAUUAUGUUUUGAGGAUACAAUUUACGUUCACUCAUUUAUUUAUAUGAGUCAUUC